CUCUUCCCUUCUCUUAAAUCUUCCUCGAAGUUCAAGAAAUAUAUACGCUCGAUUAGCCCCAGAAGUAAAUAAAUAGCGUCCUGCUAGCGGAGGAGUCGGAGAUCAGCUCAAAAUUAAACCAGGAAUAUGGGCAACGGAGCGUCGUGCGUUCCCCGGUGCAUCCAGGCAGCUGCUACGGCCAAGGUCGUCGGCCCAGACGGCGUCCUCCGCCCAAUCGAGGCCCCCGCCGGCGCCGCAGAGAUCAUGAUGGAGUUCCCCGGCCACGCGGUGGCGCGCGCCGACGAGGCGCUGAGGACCCGGCGCGCCGCCGGGAUAUUGCGGGCGGAUGAGGAGCUGCUGCCCGGGGCGGUCUACUUGCUGCUGCCCCUGAACCGGGUCGGGUCCCGGCUCUCCGACUGCCAGGUGGAGGUUCUGCUCGAGGCCGUCGGUCGUCGGAGGCGGCGGUGCAAGGAGGACUGUCGUGGGAGGAGGGUGUUCCCGGAGAUAAGCGGCGGAAGCGAGGAAAAGACGAGCAAGCGAGUUGGCGGAUGCCGGCAGUGGAGACCGUCAUUGGAUACCAUCCAUGAGUCCAAGUCUAGAUGAAGGCACACGCAUCUUGUUGAUGAUAAUUGAUGGAUCAUUAUUUUUGUGCUUUCCUAUCAUUUUAUUGUCACGCAAAAAUUCGUGAAGCUAAUUCAUUGCAUCCUAAGAAAUAUCUGCUAAA